ACGGCAAAGCAGAUAUUAAAGCAGCAAAAAAGAGUGAUUAAGUACAAAAGGGUUUGUUAAACCAGGCAAUGGCAGCUGAAGAGUGGCCAAAUAGACCCUUAACUUUCUUCAGAGUUCAGACAAAUGCUUAUGGUCCUGCCUGAAGUUGUCUGGUAGUGGUAGUGAUUGCAACCACUGCCUACAUAUUCCGUACAAGUCCAAAACCAUUUGUUGAAAUAUACCAGUCAAGUAAGACUGCUCUUGCAGACGUGGUUAGAAAGAAUUCGUUCUCCGUAAAUUACAGUAGUUUAAAAUACCGUAUUUGUCAGAAAAUGGAGCAAGACUUCUCACAACUUUGAGUUCUCUCUUCAUAUCUCUUUGUGUGUGAGCUUGGAAGAAGCAAUGGCAGUUGGGUUAGCAAUAGCAGGCGAAGCUGGGCAAUACAAUGGCAGGAUGACGCCGUUUGUCAUCCUCUCUUGCAUGAUGGCAGCCAUAGGAGGUGUAAUUUUCGGCUACGACAUUGGAAUUUCAGGCGGCGUGACAUCAAUGGAGCCGUUUCUUAAAAAAUUCUUCCCUGAAGUAAACACUAAGAUGAAAUCGGACACCAAAAUCAGCAACUACUGUAAAUUUGACAGUGAACUGUUGACCUCCUUCACAUCCUCACUCUACAUAGCUGGUCUUGUGGCUUCCCUUUUUGCCAGUUUGGUCACAAGGGCUUACGGCCGCAAGCCUUCAAUCCUUGCCGGUGGAGCUGCAUUCCUUGCCGGCUCAGCUCUAAAUGGCGCAGCUAUGAACAUCUACAUGCUCAUCCUCGGCCGCUUAUUGCUUGGAGUUGGUAUUGGUUUUGGAAAUCAGGCUGUUCCAUUGUACCUUUCGGAAAUGGCACCACCAAAAUACAGAGGAGCAAUUAACAAUGGCUUCCAAUUUAGCGUCGGCAUUGGCGUAUUAUCAGCUAACCUCAUCAACUACGGCUCUGAGAAGAUCAAAGGCGGUUGGGGGUGGCGAAUCUCCCUAGCCAUGGCUGCAGUCCCUGCCUCAAUGCUAACACUGGGCGCAUUUUUCCUUCCCGAAACACCUAACAGCCUAAUCCAGCGUAGCACGGAUCACCAAACAGCCAAGAAAAUGCUACAACGUAUCAGAGGUGUCGAUGAUGUCCAAGCAGAACUCGAUGAUCUGAUCAAGGCAAACAACAUAUCGAAAAACAUCAAACACCCUUUCAAGAAAAUCCUGGAGAGAAAGUAUAGGCCUCAGCUUGUGAUGGCAAUAGCCAUACCAUUUUUUCAGCAAGUGACAGGGAUUAAUGUCAUAUCCUUUUAUUCUGCCGUACUUUUUCGAACAAUUGGGUUGGGAGAAAGCGCUUCACUCUUGUCCGUUGUCCUGACUGGAGUGGUUGGUACAAGCUCAACAUUCGUAUCUAUGCUUAUCGUAGACAAAUUUGGGCGAAGAGUGUUGUUUUUAGCCGGUGGGAUUCAAAUGUUGGUGUCACAAAUUAUGGUGGGAGGUGUAAUGGCAGCUCAGCUUGGUGAUCGCGGCGGAGUGAGCAAAGGAUAUGCCUGUUUGGUGCUGGUUUUGAUAUGCAUUUAUGUAGCGGGAUUCGGGUGGUCAUGGGGGCCGCUCGGAUGGUUGGUUCCGAGUGAGGUUUUCCCGUUGGAAAUUCGAUCAGCGGGACAAAGUAUCAAUGUGGUGGUGAACUUUUUGUUCACUUUCAUUGUUGCUCAAACUUUUCUAGCAAUGCUGUGCCACUUCAAGGCUGGGAUUUUCUUCUUUUUCGGGGGUUGGGUGGCGGUGAUGACGGUGUUUGUGUACUUGUUUUUGCCGGAGACGAAGAAUGUGCCGAUUGAGAAGAUGGAGAGUGUGUGGCAGGAGCACUGGUUUUGGAGGAGGAUUGUGGGGGACUCUAGCAAGGACACCAAGAUGGAAGCUCCGUAAUAGAUGUAUUCAGUGUUACAAAUAUUUUCGAGUAUGGCAUCAUUGCUACUUAUUAUUCAGUGUUACAAAUAUUUUCUUUUUAAUAUUAACCAUUUAUUUUCUGUAUAAAAAAAGCUAAAAAUCCAAGAUUUAAAUACAAUAACAAUAUUAUUUAUAAG